AUGAGCCAGCAGGAUGCUGUCGCUGCGCUUUCAGAACGCCUUCUCAUAGCCGCGUACAAAGGCCAAGCGGAGAAUGUGGUUCAGCUCAUCAACAAGGGCGCCAAGGUAGCAGUUACCAAGCAUGGCCGGACCCCGCUGCAUCUCGCUGCCCAUAAAGGUCACCUUGCUGUGGUCCAGAUCUUGCUGAAGGCUGGCUGCGACCUCGAUGUUCAGGACGAUGGGGAUCAGACCGCCUUGCACCGUGCGGCCGUGGUGGGGAACACUGAGGUCAUCUCGGCGCUCACCCAGGAGGGCUGUGCCCUGGACCGACAAGACAAGGAUGGGAACACGGCCCUGCACGAAGCAUCCUGGCAUGGGUUCAGCCAGUCAGUCAAGCUGCUCGUUAAAGCAGGAGCCAACGUGCUUGCCAAGAACAAGGCGGGGAACACGGCCCUGCACCUGGCCUGCCAGAACAGCCACGCCCAGAGCACGCGUGUCCUCCUGCUGGGCGGGUCCCGCGCCGACCUCAAAAAUCACGCAGGCGACACCUGUUUGCACGUUGCUGCGCGCUAUAAUCACUUGUCCAUCAUUAAGCUCCUCCUCAGUGCUUUCUGUUCUGUCCAUGAACAGAACCAGGCUGGAGACACAGCCCUUCACGUGGCCGCUUCCCUGAAUCACAAGAAGGUGGUGAAAAUCUUACUGGAAGCUGGAGCAGACGUGACCGUUGUUAAUAACGCAGGCCAGACCCCGCUGGAAGCUGCCCGCGACCACAAUAACCCAGAAGUUGCUCUUCUCCUCACUAAAGCUCCUCAGGUCUUGCGCUUCAGUCGUGGGCGAAGUCUGAGGAAAAAGAGAGAGAGGCUCAAGGAAGAGAGGAGAGCUCAGUCUGUGCCAAGAGAUGAGGUGGCACAAAGCAAGGGAAGUGUCUCGGCAGGAGACACCCCUAGCAGUGACCAGGCCGCACCCAGGAAAGAAGAGGCCAGAGAAGAUUUCCUGUCGGCCUCCCCAGAGCCCCGAACCAAGGACGACAGGAGGAGGAAGUCAAGGCCCAAGGUCUCAGCGUUUUCCGACCCCACCCCACCGGCAGACCAACAGCCUGGACACCAGAAGAACUUACAUGCUCAUAAUCACCCGAAAAAGAGGCCCAGGCAUCGAUGCUCACCCCCACCGCCUCCCCACGAGUUCAGAGCGUACCAGCUCUACACGCUGUACCGGGGCAAGGAUGGGAAAGUGAUGCAGGCACCCAUCAAUGGCUGUCGAUGUGAACCCCUGAUCAACAAGCUGGAGAACCAGCUGGAGGCCACGGUGGAGGAGAUCCGAGCAGAGCUGGGGUCGGUCCAGGACAAGAUGAACACGAAGCUGGGACACAUGGAGAGUAAGACGCAGCACCAGAUGCGUGUUCUGGACAAGCUGAUGGUUGAGCGACUCUCGGCCGAGAGGACAGAGUGCCUGAGCCGCCUGCAGCAGCACUCGGACACGGAGAAGCUUGAGGGCGAGAAACGCCAGAUGUCCUUGGUGGAUGAAUUAAAAACCUGGUGCAUGUUGAAGAUUCAGAAUCUGGAACUGAAGCUUUCCGGAGAUUCUAGGGCCUCCCGAGCUAAAUCCACGCCGUCUACUUGCGAGUCCUCCACAGCUGUGGAUCCAUCAGUGGUGACGGCAGGCCCAGUCGCAGCUUCCGACAGUUCCCCUCGGGUGGUCAGGCCCAAGGAGAAGGGACUCGGCUCCGCGGCUGCCCACAGGCUCCAGCAGGAGCUGUCCUCCUCGGACUGCACGGGCUCCCGACUGAGGAGCGUCAAGGUCCAGACUGCCUUGCUGCCCUUACAAGAGGCAGCCAGGUGUGCCCAGCAGGCCGGGCCCUGCGUCCACAGAGGCACCCAAACCAAGAAGUCUGGGAAAAGUGGGCAGACGAGGCACCGAGCCCAGCCACCAGCACCCAGCACCACCUGCGGGCAGCCACCGGCAGCCACAGGCAGCGAGCAGACUGCCGCUCACAUCCGAGACGCCUCCCAAGCUCUGGAGAUUACCCAGUACUUUUUUGAGGCUGUUGCUACCCAGAUGGAGAAGUGGUAUGAAAGGAAGAUUGAAGAAGCACGAAGCCAAGCCAGUCAGAAAGCCCAGCAAGACAAGGCCACCCUGAAGGAACAUAUUAAAAGUUUAGAAGAGGAACUUGCUAAACUAAGGACGAAGGUGCAGAAGGAAAAUUAG